CAGACAUUUUAUCUAGGCCAGAAGUACAGUGUAGUGAGCAUCUUGUAGAGAAUGGAGUCCGAGACCGCAGACGCAGUGGUAGCGAUGGAGACAAACAAAGAAACUGGGGACUUGAAUCAUGUUGAAAAUGGCAGCCCUGUUGAUGAAGCAGAAAUGGUACGAAACGCAAGUUACUGGGAAGAGAUUGAUCAAGAAGAAAUCGAACGCGUUCGAAGGUAUGACAUUUGCAGACGUAUUAAAAUUAUUUUAUGACUACAAAACUAGAUGUUUCAUUAUGUAUGACUUUAGAGAAGUAUUUUAUACAAUGUGUACUUCUAGGUAUCCUUAAAAAUUCGAUCGUUCCAAAGGCUAAACUUUUCCCUGUACCAUAUUGCUGCGAUCUUUCGAUGUUUCGCAAAAUGAAUGAUUUGUACAUACAUCUUUGGUUUAAUAUCAGAACUGUUUUCUCAAAGUUGUCAAAACACUGUCGCCUUUGUAAGCUAAAUAUAAAAGCUGCAACUUUUGUGAUUUAAAUUUAGAUCCUGAACUUCAACGAACAUGACGACUUGGGUCACAUUUUUCACUCAAGCUGACUAAUGUCCGAUCGAUUAAGUUUUCUGUUAUGUUGAAAGCAGCACGUUAUUUUUUUCGAGCCUUAAUGCGUCGCUACGCCAAUCAACGAUAUGAGUACAGUUGUUAAUGUUUACAGCUGUACAACUGGGAUACAAAAAUAUGUCUUUUGUACAAACAGACGUCGAGGAAGCCUCUUAGUGUACAUCCAAACUGACUUUUUACUUUUCUACAGGGGUUAAUGCAACUUGCUAAUCUGCUUUCAUUGGAUGUGUUAGAUCUCCUAGCCCAUGUCAUAGAAUAUCAUGGUAUUUGGCAUACAAACGUACAUGACCUUUAUAGGAUAUAUUUGACUGCCUCACAGUUUGACAGAUAAUCCGGCUAAAUUCAGUUCAGUAAAACGUAAUAUUAUUCAUUGUCACGCAAUCUGAUUAGAAAGUUACCAGCAAUCCCGUCUCGUGCGCAUGGGUUAGUCGCGUGAUAAUCGACUUUGAUGUAGUAAUGUUGAUUUUGAAGACUGUCAUAUCAACCUGCAGAAUGACACGCGUUAUGGCGAAUAAAAACAAAACGUCUUUAAAGUAUUAUAUGCAAAUAUGGUAAUCUGCUUUGAAAGCUAUCAACGUAGCGGAUAGAGAGAAGUCACAGUGGUAUCGAUAUCUUCUUUUUCGUUUGUACGUGACGUGAAAGGAAGCUGUUGAAAUAUUGGGAAUUCUUCUUUUUUUUUCGUGUAAGGACUGGUCAGUGGCCGACAUUUUUGACAUUGUAGAACUGGAUCAAUUUUCUCUUUGACCUAGUGAACUGAAUUCUUUCAUUAGAACUCGGUUUAAUGAGAGCAACAAGUAUUCUGUAAAAUCUUCAAUAAGCAUUAUAUAAAACGUUACAAACAACAAAAAUUGCCCUUUGAAAAAAACCCUUAGGCUAACACAAUUUCAGUCCGUUACAGUUUUCGGGUACCGCUCCCCUAAAUCAACAUUUUGUCCUUAACGAGAAGUAAGUGUUAAUGUUGUCUUAAGGGAGGGGCUGGUGGGCAGUUUCUAAUAACCUAAAUUGAUCCCAGUCUUCUUCAAGUCUGCCCCCCGCACGUCCUUUUGUAUUUACCUUCUUUUAACGUUUUGAGCGAAAAAUUUUAAUGUUUUAGCCAAUUUGGUGGCAGUUCCCUCUAUUUGAUUUUUGAUAAAUUUCUUGACACAUCUCUUUCGAAAAAAGGUGUUUUUCUAUCUGUUUGCGUCAUUAUAGAGUCGUCAUUAUGCUUGAAACAUUCCCUAAUAAUUGCGUUCGAGGUACAAGAACGCAACCCCUGAUCUCUGUUGUGUAGCAUACGCGUGGUGAAUCGGGUGAAACGUUGACCUUUAAAUUCCGGGUGCGUUGUAUUUGGAGAACAGUGCUAAGUAGGUGAGUCGAGUUAACCUAGUGUCACACAACAAGGGUUUAAAGUGAUACGCGACGCUUUGACAUCUCAAUCAAUAAACUUUUCUGAUGACUUUAAUUUUCUGUACCCCAAUUUUUAGCCAAUUUUAUUGACCAUUCAACGGUGCAAAAGAAUGCCCUGAGGAUCUUAGUCAGUGUUUGACCCAUUGUUACGUACGUGUACUUAAUCGUCAGGUCUGUCGUCAAAUGGCGCGAGUUUCGCGGGAAUAAAAAAAUUGCGCGACAACUCUGAUCUGCCAUGCAAGACUCACGCAAUGCUGUAAACCGGUCAAGAGCAGGAAAGACCGCCGUUUUUUUUAAUCUAUUCGCCCAGAUUUCUGGACGGAUUUGAACGGUUGUCAGCAGAGCCUACUUUUCGAAAAUGUAGCCUCUGCUCGCAGGGUAAAGCUCCGAUUGCUCCUAGUUAAUAAAAAUAAAAGAAAAAAUUUAAGAGUUCUAUUCAACCUCUACAGUGUACCAAGAGAUAAUAAUUGGGCAGAAAGUGAAACAAAAAGUUAUUUUUAGAUCAAUUAAACGCUUGAAAUUAAUCGGAAGUCGGUUUCCACAGAGGUCAGCGAACUUUUAUUCAAUGUUGUCACAAAUAGAAAUCAACAAGCGCUAUUACAAUAUUCUGCAUUGUCGCUUUGGUGAGGCAGUCGCGCGUGUACUUGAUGGCGUGUCAAACAAUCCAUUAAAAUAUGAGGACGUCUCAGGAAUUACACUUCCGUUUAAUUACAACCUCUAAAAAUUACUUCUCUGAAAUUCACAUAUCUCGGCCCACGCCCUAAGAUUUCCUGUUUGUCCCAUUAGUCUCUCUUAAGUGUACGGACUGCGCACUUGGUCUAAAAGCGGAUACCGUCAAAAGUCGUUUUAAUCCCUACCUCAGCAUAACACGAACACUAAGUCAAAAAAUUAAAUGUCCUUUGCGUAAAGGAGAGUGACGUAAGAGGACGUCAACCCCACUGAUCAAGUCCUAUUCGUGGCUAUAAUGCCUUGAGAACGUCCACGUGAAAAUACGGAUAUCGUUAAUCUCACAAAAUGAUGCCUCAAUAUUCCUUUUCUGCAACAGAAAGCUUUCAAAGACGGCCUGCCAGAGUUGUUCCCUACCCCUUUUGAUGUCAUUUUCUUGAAAUGGGCUACGUGUUUGAUCCUGUCCCGACGGUGUCCGUUUCAGAGGGAUUCGACUGUACACCUUGCGUCAUCGUCGCACUGUCAAAAAGACUUUAAAAGUCACACAGAAGCACCAAAUAACAGCUUCAGUUGUUUUCGAAAAAGUCUGGCAGCAACCCCAAGAGGGAUGCCCUCUUGGCCUCUCGCGCACUGCCAGUUGAGGUUUUAAUGAUUAAAAUCUCCCAGCAACUCAUCGGCCAGUUUUUUUGUUUGUUUGUUCGUAUUUCGUUUCCUUAUUUCAUGGUAAAAAGACUUCAGAGUGAUUUCCAAACAAUGGUAGGAAAAUCCUAUGCGCGAGGGAUAAUUAAGGGGGCCGAGUUUUAUCGAUUUCAUUUUGAUAAUCACAGCCUCGUGAAAAGAAAUUUGAAUUUAAAGAAAUACCCGUCGCAGAGAAAAUCGCCGUUUUAGGGAGGUGUCCGUUGACAUUGAGUUGGCUAAUAGUCAGAAACAAAAGGAAAAUUUGAAUAGACCUUAUUCACGAUGCCCGCAAUCUUUGCUCGAUCUUAAGUAUUGAUAAGAUAAAAGCAAUGUCACGUGUUUUUUCAGGGGGCAAACAAGUGAUAAAAUUUGCCAAUACAAAAAAAUGGCUGUCGAAUUUGAAUAUUCUAGGCAACGGAAAAUGAAGAACUUUUUCUCUUAAAUGAGAUCAUGGCAAAUUAUGGGUGGAAAUGAUCAUUGCUGCUUUUUUUGCUUAUAGAUGUCCUCACAGCAAGUAGCCUUCCACGCAUGCUUUUUUAGGGGAGCUCGUUUUUUAUCCCGCCCCACAAAGGAGAAGGCGUUGUGGGGAGGGAUUAAAAACGAGGUCCCCUAAAAACGUCUGCGUGGGAGGCUACACAGCAAGCAAUAAUGACGUAACACUUGUCGGUAUAAUCGAACUGUUCAUUUUAUAUGACUAAAACCUUGGCUCGUUUUGAGAGAAUAAACGAACUCGACCGCGAUUACUCGUGUUGGUAAAUUUUAUCACUUGUUUGCCGCCUGAAAUACCGCAUGACAUUACAUUUAUCCUAUCAAUCUCAAAUCGUGUGCAAAGGUGGCGGGUAUUGUGAAUAAGGUCUGUUGUAUAACACGCUUGUCGGUUUAAGUAAAAAUUGUUCCCACAAUGAUAAUCUGCGUAUUGAAAUAUUGUUGAACAGUUGGCAGUUUCUGCUCACCAUUUAUUUUCAGGUCUGAGUCAUUUUCUUCAUGUUGCCGCUCUUAAGGUUAAAUGUAGUUUCCACGGCGACAUUUUAUACCUCUGGUUUAUUUUGAACAAGAGAGAAUCAGAUUCUCUCUUGUUUUGAAUGAUUCCUUCAUAUCAUUGUGCACAUUAGAUCAUAUUUAAAUGCUAUUUUGCGCCCCGUAAAUAAUAAAUUAUUAUCAUUAGAAGGCAGAAGUACGGAUAUUCGAUAUAAUUUGUGCCAAAGCGAGGACGCAUGCGCAUUGCUAAAGUUUUGGAGGGAGCUUUCACCGACGGUGCCAUCUUUCUGCGUAGUUGACUGUCGGUGAACUUGUUUAAUACAAAAUGUAGCCUAUCAUCUUGUGAGAAUUCGCAAAGGUAUGAAGCAUUUCGUCGGAAGCAAAUCCCGAGCCAGGCAGUUCCUUCGUUUGAACUCAGAAAAAAACACAGAAUCAAAUUUAAUUGUCCAUUUUCGAGUUGCCUUAAGCCUCUAAGCGAGGCUAAGUGCGAAGCUAUUGAAGAUAUGAAAAAGAAUUUUUUUUUUCUCAUGCAAAUAACACUCAUUUUUACAAGAAAGGUUUUUGCAAACUGUGAGUUUUUGGAACUCGGAAAUGGCCUAAUCACCGAAGGUCAAGAUUCGUCUAAAUUUGAAGAUACAUGCGUUAGUAUUUGUUAAAUUUUUGAAAACCUCAAAAACACUGAACGCCUACAUACAGUGCACAACAAUUCAUGCUCCAUAACAUCGAUACCACACGACGUUUUAUUGAUCAGUUAACAACCAUGUCAUAUCACACCUGCUGUGUUUAUUUUUGCACUUCCUAAAUAUUUUAUUCACAUAUUUUUGGAACGUGGAGGUACGAUUGAGAGGCCUUUGUCAGAGAGCUCUUCUUAAUAAGCCAGAUCAAAUGUAAUUAUAAAGUCAACUCGGUAUUGGCCCAAUCGCGUGUUGUUUUGUUGGCAAUAGUUAAAAGCGAUACCAAAGUCAAGAUACCCAAAUAAGGUUAUUUUAUGGUCAUUUGAAUUCAACAUCUUGUCGUUUUUGGGUGGUUCUGUCUGAUGCGCUGCACGUAGGCGGAUUGUAACUGAAUGGCUCCAUUCUGCUGACCAUAUUCGCGUCGCCAGGUACGUGGGUUUUGCUAGCGCUUAUUCGUUGUGUGUUGAAUUAUUAAGGUUACAGUUUACUCCUUUGGAUCGUAGAUAAGUCCACAUAUUUUAUUGUUUGACCGUUUCCUAAAAAUCGAUAGUCGGGUUCGACGGUGCGACUUUAAUAUGGAGCGAAAACAAAAGAGUUUCGUGGCUAGCUGAAACACUAUUGAAGUGAUACCAUGUAUUACUCUAUCGAUGAAAGGAAUUAAAACGCGAACGUUGAAUUUCAUAAGCUCUAUAUCGGCCUACACAAACGCACAUGGUAGAAGAAUUGUUCUUUUAUAACUACUGAGUACAAGGUACUUCAGAAAUGUUAAUAUCUUACUCUUAAAACUGACUGCCAUCUGCCAAAUGCAAAUUUCAAUAUGGCAUUCAACAGAUAAUGCUCAGAGGUCCUAUGACAUUUUGAAAUAUUUUCUCUUCGUUUGAGAAAUUGACUUCGCUGCGAAGAAUCCUUAUCGCAUAAAUUUUCACAGGUUUUUGUAAAUUUUGAGAGAAAAACCCACUCUGACAGUUAAACGCCUUUAGCAUAAGUGUUAUUUCACAGCUUGAAGAAAAAUACUUGUAAAUUGUCGCGAAGGAGAAUUUCCAUAUCCAGUUUGGUGAUUGUAACCGUAAUGGAUCGCUUUAUAACCCAGCAAUAAAUAUCCUCGUCUACUGUAGCUUCUAUAGGGAACAGCUUGGCGUAGUGACGUCACGUGAGUGCUUGCCUGUGAUAUGAAACCGGGCUCUCAUACGAAACGCGUGUUGUGUUUGUUACCACUAAGUAUUCCCUUCGCUUGAGUAUUUUGGGGUUUCAUAGUUUUUGUUUCCAUUUCGUUUUGUUUGGUUUGCUUAAAUAUCUCAUGUAGUACUAAAUAAAUUGAUCGACCAAAUCAGAUGUGCGCCGACGCGUAGAAUAUCUGAACCAAUCCCCCAGAAAGCUAAGGCAAUUUUCACGCUAUACCGGAUAGCUUUACAGCUGGCACGAAAACCAGACCAGAUAGGGCUUCGGUUCGCACUUAAGGACGGUGGAUUCGGCGUGAUUUCGGUAACGGAGCCGCCGCGUCGAUCUCCAAAGUGGAGAAUCACAUAUCAGAUAGGUGUUCAUACUAUACCAGAUAGGUUUCAGUGUUUGCAUGAAAAUCUCUCCAGCAUAGUGUGAAUAUAUAGCGUAGGCUACUACAUGUAAUAACUGGCGCAAAGCCAACCUUGUCCCCUGUGCUUUUUCCUGAGAGCUUAUUAUGACUGAAUAAAUUACCGUAUUUAUUCGAUUAACCGCCCUGGGCGCUUAUUAAAUAAAUUAAUGCAAAAUUUUCAACAUUUUCAGUUUCAACAAAACAAUAAAUGGUCAAAACGCGAAGAUGUAACAAAGCGAGGUUUCUGAAAUAUUGUUCGGGGAAGUCUCUUACUUAUUCAAUUUUUGGGAGGUCAGGGGAAAAGUCAAAAAAUUCGAACACUUAUUCGAAAAAUACGGUAAUGCUAUUCUGAAUAACUUGAACGUUGUGCACCGUCAGGUCCAAAAAAUCGAACACUGAAAAAACUAUGACAAAGGGUUUCCCAACCAUUCCACUUUAAUUAACUGUUCUAUCUCAAUGUAUUAUUAUUAUUAUUAUUUGUUUUUUUUAUUUGUGCUAAUUAUGUUACGUUUGCUGUAGCAUCAGUAAUAAUUUAUUAUUAUUUGAGUGAUUUAUUCGAUGGCAUUAACUAACCUUCCUCUGCUGUUUUUUUCCCUUUAGUGAGCGUGAAAAAGAAGCAGGAAAGAUUACGACAGAGGAGCUACCAAGAACCGGAAGUGCAAGACGAGCGAAGGAAGUGUUUGAAUCUCAGCCCCAGGAAACAGAAAAGGAGACCCCCGUCGACUUAGAGAUUUUAUCUGGCGUCACUAGAGCAAGUUUGAAAAGGUACCAAGAAAUGCAGGCUUCCACCUCGCCCUCGGCUCAAAGAGAGAUUGAUGAUCUUCAUGAUAUUCAAGGUGGGAUUGCUUCUUCGCACAGAGAUGCAUUUGAAAAAGGAGAAGUUAGUAACGUCGAAAGACGAAAAGGAGACGACGAAGAAGAAAAUUUACCGACCGCAGGAAUCGCCUCGAAGACUCGUGCAAACAUUGAAUCUGGAACGGUUAUCCGCGCCGAAGACAGACACAUCCGCGAAACGAACAUUGCCGAAGAAAUGCCUACAGCUGGCUCGGCUUCCGCCGUUCGCCGAAGAUUUGAACAAAGGCAAAACGAUGAGGGCAAGGCAGAGAGGCGGCUGAGUUACGAGCCCGAGAAAGGCGCAGCUAAAGCGCGAGCAGCAAUGUUCAUGCAGAACGUGGAGCAGUCAUCACGCAAGUUUCAAUCGCAAGAUGAAGAAGAUGCUCGUCCGCCACCCGGAGCUGCUCGUGGCGUCCGAGAAAUGUUUGAGCAAGACAAAGUUAUCCACGCCGAGUCGAACAGACAAGAUUCUUGGAAGGACGAACUUCCACAAUCGGGCGUUGCGGAAGCGAGUAAAGAAGCUUUAAAAGCUGCUGCCUCGAAGGGCUACGAAAAAUCCCAUGUUGAGGACGAGGCGCUGACCCCUGGAAAGGCGUCGGAGACUAGGACUCGAUACGAAAAGGGGGAGUUUGAAGAUCAGAAGGUAAUCGAAAAAGAAGAGCCUGUUGUAGCAGCCGGGUCCACCAAGGAACAACUGAAGCACUACCAAGAAGCAGUACAAAACCAGGGACCACGAAGAAGGACCAUGGAUAGUGAACAAGAAGAUUUGCAGAAGGCACGUGGAAUCGCUGUAGCUGUGAAAGAAAGCUACGAGAAGGAAGGCGCGCCCCAUAUCGAAACCAAGAAGACAAUUUCAGAUGAAGACUUCACAGGCAUUCAGGGACGCGCCAAGGAAACAACUCGAGAGAUCGAGUCAGGCAGCCUCAUAAAGCAGUCGCCAAAACUGGUGGACACUGAAGACUUUGGAGUUACCCACGGUUUGACCAAGCAGACUACACAACAGAUUGAAAAGGGAGAAUUAAUCAAGGAGGCGCCUAAAAUGGUCGACGAAGAAGACUUCUCAAGCGUUUCUGGUCUUGCCAAGCAAACAACACAGCAAAUCGAAAAAGGAGAGCUGAUUAAAGAACCACAAAAAAUGGUGGAAGACGAAGAUUUCUCUGGAGUUUCGGGCGUUGUCAAGGGAACGAGGGAACGCAUCGACAGCGGUGAAAUGGUUGCGAAAGCACCGGAGGACAAUUCUGACAAAGGUGACGUGAUGGGAAUUAACGCUGAGUCCGAUACACAAGCUGUUUUUGAUCAAAAUGGAGUCGAUAACCACUGAGUGGCUGGCCUGCCUGUGUGUACGAUAACAGGUAAUGGUUUUGAGCCACAGAGGACGUAAGAACGAACUGUAUGGGAUAAAACGUAAUUAAUUUUUUUCUGAAUGUUCUUGAAAACAAUUUGAUUUUCAACAACCAUAGUCAUUGUCAUCGUCAUCUCUCUUUGCGCUACUAGGCGAAUAAGACCGUGAUUAUACAGUAAAACCCCGGUAACUCGCCCAUAGCCCCCUUUAAUUCUGCCGAAAUGCAUUUGGGAGCGGUGGAAGCGACACAGGUUACUGAUCACCUUAACCAACAAUACACGUGGUUUUGAACGCCGAGACUGUAAUAGAAGACUUCGCAUAUGCGUCUCUUCUGUUUUUUCCUUAUGGACUUUGCAGCAGCUAUACUGAUAUUUCUUAGCUGUUCGCUUGUUUCGUGGAGUCGCAGAUUAUUAAUUUGUUGUGAUGACCUAGACGGCUUGCUUUUACAAAAGUCUGCAUAAAAAUUUGUUCAAUUAGUUUAUUAGGUUUUGGGACUUCCAGGUGGAAAACGUUCAGAAUAUGGGGAGAUUUCCUUGUAAUUUUUGUUUUAUAAAAGGUAUAGAAAUUAUCAAAGUGAACUGAUCUUACGUAAAUUUUCAAAUUCGAGGGAUAUUCACUUGGUUGGUCUUUUAUGUCCUAUUGGUGUAAAUAACUAGAAAUAAAACAAAUAUAUCAGUGAGUUUAAACGGCAGAAACUUAUUUCAGCUUUCAUU